AUAGGUGGGCAGAUUUCCCCCUGUGUUUACAUAGAGAGACUUAUGGCACCUUUCUGAUCAAUUUAAUAAGGCUUCUGUAUGAUUUCCUUGUAGUUUGAAAAAUGGAUGAUAAUUGAAAGAUUAACCGUAAGUAUAGUUUUAUUUAAGUAAUAGGAUAUCCAAUUUAUAAAAGGGUUUAAAUAGCCGUGUACCAACUUAUUAUUAAUGUUAUUUAACAAAGAGUAUACCUAUUGACAUUAAAUAUAUAACUUUUUGUACAAUGAGUGACGACAGCUUGUAUAUUACAACAGCUGAGAUUCACUACAAUUCACCGAACGAAGGGGAAGAGGAGUCGAACGAUAAUAAAUCGGAUAAAAACCUAAAUCUAGUAUCGGAGAUAAAUUUCGAGCCACCUCCCCAUUUGAGCCAAAAUUUCGCUAGCAGUUUAAAAGAGGAAGAAACUUUACGUGAAAAUGACGAUGAAAAACCGAAUAAGGAAGCUUGCUCUUCAACGGAAAUCGAGAAAGAUGAAGAAAAUGACCAUAGUUUACGAGGUAUGGUUGGGGAGAAAUUUUCAAUGACCUUUGAUGGAUUAUCCGAAAAUAGACAAUCUCAGCGUCUACCUAGAUCAAAUUCGGUUCCAGUAUUUUCUAGAAUUCCAAGUUUAAAGUUUGUUAGAAAAAAAAGAUGGUCUUUGAGAACAAACGAAUCUGAAGAGGGAGCUGUAAGUCAGGAUUCUCCGGUCGUGGAUGAAGAAUUGGAUGAAAGAGUUGACAGAAAUGAUAGAGAAAAGAGUAAACAAUCGACUAAUGGAGAUAACCUUAACAAAGGGAAAUUAGGAAAGAUUUCGUUAUUGGCAAGUUGUGUAUUUUGUAAGGGGAGUCUACAUGCUGCCAAAGUGUUUGCUUGCCUUCAUUUCGCCUGUUCAAUUUGCACUGUUGGAAAUAAGACUCAUAAUUGUCCCAUUUGUACUGAUUUGAUAGAACCAAUGGAGAAAAGCUCUUUCGCCGAUGGCCUUAGUCAAUUGGGAAGGUUGACGAAUAUAUCGAGUCAGCUAUGCGACAAUUGUGAAGAAGGUAAACAGGCUAAGCAACGCUGUAGCAAUUGUUAUCAUUUCCUUUGCGACGAUUGUACAGAAGCUCAUCGAGUCACAAAGCAAACCAAAACACAUAUCGUCGUAAAGGCUUUUGAAUUGAAUGAAGAAUCGAUUAGAAUGGGUCACUUAAGGAGGCCAGUUGAAUGCUUAAAGCACAGCGGAGAGCAUUUAAGAUUUUAUUGCGAUACCUGCGCCAUCUGUGUAUGUGCUGAUUGCCGCCUAAAUCGUCAUUUGUCCCAUCGUUGCGAACCAAUUAAAUCUAAAGCCGAUUAUCUACGUAAAUCACUGGGGCAUUUACAAAAUAUCAUUAUUAGUAAUGUAGACAACGUUCAAGAUGGCUUAAAUAGGAUUAGGGAGGAGAAACUUCUGCUAAAUAAUUCACAUUUGGCUAGUAGAUUAGCUAUUAGAAAUAGAUGCGAGAUCCUAUGUAAAAGUAUCAAUUUAGAAUGCGAUAAGUUGUUGGUUAAGUGCGAUAGUUUGGCAGAUCUUGAAUUAAAUUGCCUUACAGAAUUUGAAGAAAAGUUGACAAGUUUCUCCGAUAAAUUGAUCUAUAUAGAAGAUCUUAAUGAUAUUCUUAUAAAAUUUGGUAGAGAUACAGAUGUAAUUGAGAAUAAACGGCUGGUAAAUGAACGUCUCUCAUAUCUCUUAUCAAUUGAAGAUGUAAGGUUCUCCCCUCCCAAAAAGCGCCUUGAAUUUAAACAAAGUCAUUUCGAUCCAGUAACAUUUUUGGAAGAUACAAUAGGUCAGAUAGAGAGUAAUGUAGUUGAGGAUAAACACGACUUAAUCCCAUCUAAUGCCGACUAUAAGGCAAACAACUUCUUGAAAAGACCUAAAUUGGAAUGGUCACUCGAGAGUGAUACAAAUAUUAGUGGCCUUACGGUAUCUUCAGAUCUUCAACUAGUAAUUGUUGACGCAUCGAGGGGACGUCUUAUAUCAAUUUCUAUUGAAACUGGCGAAACGUUAAAAUUUACGCCACCUCCAGUAGAUCCUUGGGAUGUAUGUGCCAUUUCAUCGGGGUAUUUGGUCACUGAUAAAGCAAAAAAUGUCGUUUUAGUAUAUGACAGGGAUAGGAAAUUAAUAAAAACUCUUCACGGUUUUACCUGUCCCUUAGGACUUGCCGUUUUAAACAAUGACAGUUUUAUUGUAACCGAUGACAAACAAGUCUGCGUUAUUCGGAAUGAUAAAUGUAGUAGGCUAAAAACAGUGUUUAAUUGGCCGGUAUACGUUGCAACUUCACCUGGAAAUAAAUUUAUUAUCGUUAGCGAUAAUUCUAAAGGCUCUGUUACCGUUAUAGACGAUAAGGGAGGCAGAUUUUGGGAAUAUACGGAUAGAAAUUUAUCACCUUCUGGUAUAGCUUGCGAUAAGUUUGGUAAUAUUCUGAUUGCAGAUCGUACUAGAAAUUUAGUUUUACUAUUGUCGGCGGAUGGAACUAAUUGUCGGAUUCUUCUUACACCAAACGAAGUAAAUCAACCAAGAGCGGUUACCGUUGAUAGUUUUGGUCAUGUUUUCGUUGGAGAAGCAACGGGCGGAGUAAAGAUUUUUAGAUACGUUGAAGAAUAA